AUGAGUUUGGGUAUGACUCUUAAUAAGACAUGAAUAAACAGCAGCUCCAACGUAUUGGCAAAUAUCCCUUCUGCAGUUUCCUUGAUUCGUUUAUUCUUAAGUUUUAAGUUACGUCUGCAGGUUUUACAGAAUUAUGUACUCCCACAUCGAGCAAUAAACAAGUAGCGGUUUAACCACGUCAGGUGUACGGGAAUAUAUGGCCUUCUGCCCUCUGCAUAGGACCAUUCUCCACACAGCUCAGCCAGAAGCAACACCUCGGGUCUGCCACCAGCCGCACUACUCUCUACAGCUAAUCACGACGCUAUCUCAUAUUUUGUUUACUCACCAACCUCAUCAUCAACAGGGCAUUUGUCACUAUUCGUUGUCAUAUCCCAGUCAUCUCUAUUUCCUGUGACGAUGGAAAAUGAAGAACUGAUUUAUGAUAAUGUUUACAGUAGCGGCGAAGACGAGAACUCUGAAGGUGGAGGAGAGGAGGACACGUCUGUUGAAACAAAACUGUUGGAAAUUAAAGCUUAUAUCAGAAAAAUGGAAGAAUUGGGGAUGGAUUCACCUCUAGGCACUGCAGGAGCAACAGUACCAAUCCAGAUGUCUGCUAAAGAAAAGAUAGAAGUCGAUGGUCGCUCCAUAUAUGUGGGUAAUGUUGACUAUGGGGCGACAGCAGAAGAACUUGCUCAACACUUUCAUGGAUGUGGUCCCGUUAAAAAAGUUACUAUUCUUUCAAAUAAGUAUACUGGCCACCCCAAAGGCUUUGCAUAUAUGGAGUUUGGAGAAAUAGACUCAGUUGAAGUGGCCAUGUCACUUGAUGGCUCACUCUUCAGAGGCCGACCACUGAAGGUAAGGCCUAAGCGUACAAACCUGCCAGGUAUUACCACCAGACAUCGACCUCCACGUGUCAUGAGAGCUGUCGUCCGUGGGCGAGGACGCUUUUAUUCUGGAUAUCGACCAAUGAGACCAUACAGGAGCCGGAAGGUCUUCUACAGCCCUUAUUAAUGGUCAUACAUUGCAUGGAAGAUUCCUACUUCCACUAUUGGUUUACUAAACGAUAUUAGAAUUAGAACUCAAAUACAAUACAAUUAUUUUUAUGUAAAUAAUUAAUAAAAAU